AUGUGCAAAUCAAAAAAGAACACGAACACAAUCAACUCUUUAACCCCAAAAUCCAAGAGUUCCAAUUCCUUAAAAUCAUCGACGACGACGACAACAUCAAUUUUAUCUUCAUCUUUUGUCAACCCAACAUCAUCUUCUAACAAUUAUCCAUCAACAAAUUACACUCCAAACUACUCAGCAACAUCAAAGUCUUCGUCUUUUACAAGCAAAACAUCUCUUUCUAACUUUAAGGGUUCAUUACCAGAAAACCCUCACAUUUAUGACUUCUCUGAAAUCUGUAAAGCUACGAACAACUUUUUAAAGAAACCCUUUUCUUCUUCCUCUUCAUCAACCUCUUGGAGAUGCUCCAUUCGUGGAAAAGAAGUGAUUCUUUUUCAACGCAAGUUUUUCCGUCAGAUUGGAUUACCUGAGCUUCAACAGAUGUUGUUGACCAUUUGCAGGAGUCAUCACAGUACCUUGAUUAAGCUUCUCGGUGCAUCCACUUCAGGGAGUAAUAUUUAUCUUGUUUAUGAAUAUUUUCGUGGUGUAAAUUUAGCUACUUGUCUUAGAAACCCACAGAAUCCCAGUUACACAGUUUUAUCAUCUUGGUUAUCACGUAUGCAGAUUGCUACUGAUAUAGCUCAUGGUCUGGAUUAUAUUCACCAUUGUUCAGGAUUGAGUUCAGAAUUUGUGCAUUAUCAUGUAAGAAGUUCUAGUAUUUUAGUGACUGAAGAUUCUUUAAAUGCCAAGAUUUGUCAUUUUGGGUCUGCUGCACUGCGUGGAGAGAUAGUGGGGAAUGAAAGGUCUUCGUCGAAAAACUUUGGGAGGUCGGACAGUAUGGUAAUGAAAAUUGAGGGAACACCAGGGUAUAUGGCACCUGAGUUUCAAGCAAAUGGAGUUUUGACACAGAAAUGUGAUGUGUAUGCAUUUGGGGUGGUCAUUUUGGAGUUGGUGUCUGGGGAGGAAGCGUUGCGGUACGUGUUUGAUAAGGGGGCUGUUGGUCAUAAGAGAAUUAGUGUGAUUGAGAGGGCCAGGGAGGUGGUGGCUGUUGGUGGAGGUGAGUUGAGGAAGUGGGUUGAUAAGAGGUUGAAGGAUUCGUAUCCGGUGGAAGUAGCAGAGAAGAUGGUGUUGUUGGGAUUGGAGUGUGUGGAUGAUGAUCCAGAGAAGCGGCCGGAUAUGGGACUGGUUGAUGGUAGAGUCUCUAAAUUGUAUUUGAAGUCAAAGAAUUGGGCUGAAAAGAUUGGUUUGCCUACUGAAUUCUCAGUCUCAAUGGCUCCUCGAUGA